AGGUGAGACCAAGGCCAAGGUUGAACUGAUUAAGAAAGGAGACAAGGCCAACCAGUAUGCUCUGGAUCAGGAAUGGGACACGCUGCAGAAAAUGUCUCAUGGUCGUAGCAACCAGCUGAGGGAGAUGCAGCAGAUCAUUGAGGCGAUCAGUAGACAGAUCAUGUGGGUGAACGUGAGAGAGGAGGAGGAGCUGGUGUUUGACUGGGGGGACAAGAACAUCGACCUCUACAUCCCCAAGAAGCAGGAGAGCUACUCGAAACUGAUGAGUGCCCUGGAGGAGAAGGAUAAGGACCUGAAUAAACUGAAGCAGAAAGUGGACAGCCUUCUGAAGAACCCCCACCCUGCCUCUGAGAAGAUCGAGGCCUACAUGGACACUCUGCAGACCCAGUGGAGCUGGCUCCUCCAGAUCACCAAGUGUAUCCAUGUCCACCUGAAGGAGAACGCUGCCUACAGCGAGUUCUUCAAGGAGGCCAAUGAGAUGUACAAUAAGCUGCAGAAGGCGCAUGAGAACAUCCGUAAGAAGUUCACCAGCGACAGAAACAUGCCCCUUGAAAACUUGCUGGAACUACUCAAAGGCCUGGAGAAAGAGAAGGAGCGAAUCAUGGAGAAUAAGAGCCAGGUACAUCACCUAGUCAACAAGUCCAAGAGCAUCGUGAGGCUCAGACCACGUAACCCUGAAGAGGAGAAGAGCAGUUGUCCUGUUAUGGUACAGGCCCUGUGUGACUUCAAACAAGACCAGGUCCGAGAUGAAUGUGAUAUUCUAAAGAGCAACGAGGGCAUACUGAAAGACAACUCCCAGCGCCAGAUAAGUGGACAGGUGACAGGACAGGAGGACUGGACAUGCUGGUGCCCUCCUGUCGUGUUGCUUGGUGCACCACCCAACUCCCUUGGCAUCAACCUGGCCAACAGAGUUAACAAAGAGAAGGAGCGAAUCAUGGAGAAUAAGAGCCAUGGUACAUCACCUAGUCAACAGUCCAAGAGCAUCGUGAGGCUCAGACCACGUGACAGGACAGGAGGACUGGACAUGCUGGUGCCUCUGUCUGUCUGCUGGUGCCACCACCCAACUCCCUUGGCAUCAACCUGGCCAAACAAGAAUGAGCAGUACUAUGAGGCCAUCCUGUCUGUGUGGAAUCAACUCUACAUCAACAUCAAGAGUCUCAUCUCCUGGCAGUACUAUGUCCAGGACCUCACACGUAUCAACUCACUCACCAUCACCAUGCUGUCCCGUAUGCGUCCCGAGGAGUACCGCAGCAUCCUGAAGAGUCUGGAGACACACUACUCAGAGUUCACCCACUGUUGCCAUGGCUCCGAGAUGUUCAAGGACGAGGACAAGAGGAGCAUCGAGAGCCAGUACACUGGAGCCCAUGCUCACUACGACCACCUGCUGGUCCAGCUACCUGUUUACACUGCACAACAGACCGCCAACGAGGAGAAGAUCAAAGCAGAGGAGGAAGCCAGGAUACUGCCGGCCAAGCAAGAGGAGACCAAGGUAGUGGCGACUAAGCAAGAUCAUGUGAAGAAGGUAGUGGUGAAGAAGAAGGUGGUGUCGGUGACAUCACAGAGCCUGACGGAGCUGCACGAGCUCAGACUGAGACUGGAGGGGGCAGAGGCGGGGCUUACUCAGCACAUCCACAUCUGUCUGGCAGAGGACGGAGCACAUGACUGUGGCCUGAGGAUCACACAGCUAGAGUCUGUACAGCGGGACGUGGACUCUAUCCGUGAGGAGUACCUGCGUCUAAAGGAGCGUGUUCUGAAGGAACUGGAGAACAUGACUGACUCUGACAAAGCUACGUUCCUACACAGCCAACUCGGCCUCAUCAACGAGAGACUGGGCAGUCUGGACGAGUGCUCCGCAGCAUACCUACAGAGGCUGCGGGCUCUAAGGGCCCUCCUGCAAAGUGUGUCCAGGGCUGAGGACAUCAUUAAGGUCCAUGAGGCCAGACUGACAGAGAAGGAGACCACAUCCUUGAAUCCUGCAGAGGUGGGGGACUACAGUUCCACUCUGAAGAGUAUGAGGGCGGAGCUGGAGGGGAAGAGGGCCGUCCUGGUCUCCAUGGAGACGGAGCUGGGGAAGGCGGUCCACUGGAAUGGCCAGGUGCGCGGAGCCUUCCACAGGUGUGACGUGGACCUGUCCAGAUACAGCGAACAGGUCAACCAGCUGUCUGUACGUUGGACACGCAUCCAAGAGUUUUUCGAUGGGCUUGAACAACGGCUGGUGGCCGUCCUGGUCUCCAUGGAGACGGAGCUCGGGAAGGCGGUCCACUGGAACGGCCAGGUGGGCGGAGCCUUCCACAGGUGUGACGUGGACCUGUCCAGAUACAGCGAACAGGUCAACCAGCUGUCUGUACGUUGGACACGCAUCCAGAGCCAGAUAGACUCUAGACUGAGGGACCUGGAGGGGUACCUCCAUCUGCUCCAGCAGUACACAACCACGAGCUCAGUCCUGAGUGAGUGGAUUGGUGCUACUCGUCAGAAACAUGACGCGCUGCAGGCCACCAAGAUAGGCAGCAUCACAGCCCUGGACGAACACCUCAACCAGCAGAAGGUGCUGAACUCUGAGAUCAAGGGGAAGAGGGAGAGUGUGGCGAGUGUUCUUGGAGACACUGACGCCUGCGUCAACUCCAUCAARGACUAUGAGCUGGAGUUGGCUUCAUACAGUGCUGGUCUAGAGACUCUACUMAACAUCCAUAUGAAGAGGACCAUGCUACAAUCUCCUUCCACUAAGCUCACUGAGGAGACUACGUUGCUGCAGACCCGUUACAUAGAGCUGCUCACCCUGUCUGGUGACUACAACAAAUACCUGGGGGAACUACACAAUAACAUGGAGACGCUCAAGAUGCGUAACACCAGGAUCGACCUGUUGGAGGAGGAGCUACGGCUGCUCAAAGAGGACAUUGAGGACCACAACGCUAAGAACAGUUCUCUGGARGAGGCGUUAGUCCGCUACCGGCUGGAGAUGUCCCAGUCACAGGAGCAGCUCCUCUCUGUGGAGGAGGUGAAGAGGAGCACGGCCCUGCAGUGCAGCGCCACCCAGGACUCCCUUGCCUCCACCCGUGGCCAACUGAAGGAGCUGCAGGAGCAGGUGACCCGCCUCACCUCCCUCAACGAGGAGGAGAAGAGGAAGAGGAGGAUGGCGGAUGAGCGCUACGGGGAGCAGCAGGAUGAGCACGAGCAGGUGCUGAGGAGGAGGCAGAAGGAGUUGGAGCAGGCCAACUGGGCAAAGAUGGAGGUGGAGAAGAGCGUGGGGGCCCGGGAGAUGGAGGCAGAGCAGUUAAGGAAGCAGCUGGAGGAGGAGGUGCAACGCUUCAAAGAGCUGGAGCAAGAGCUAUCUAAGGUAAGGAGACAAUGCAGUGUUGAGAUCAGUAACCUAAAGCUCAGCUACGAGUCCCAGAUCACCAUCUGCAGGACGGACAUCCAGCACCUGUCUUCCCAGAGGGAGGAGGUGGACCAGGGCAUCAAGUUGCAGUGUGACCGGCUAGAGGCUGAUAGGAGGGACCAGGAGGACCAGCUCAGGAGGCUGAACGUGUCUCUGGGUCAGGCCGAAGAGCAGAGGAAGACGGCGGAAGAUGAGGCCCAUUCUCAGAGAUCUGUGGUCACAGAGGAGGCGCGGAGGAGAAGGGAGCUGGAGGCGCAGGUGGAGAUAUUAGUCAGGCAGAGAGGGGAGGACAGUAGUCAGUAUAGAGAGGAGGUGUCAGAGCUCACCAAGGCCCUGCAGGACAGUAGCGGCCAGCUGGUCCUCCUCACACACAGCCUGGACGAGGAGCAGAGGAGGAGGAGAGCAUUGGAGGAGGAGAGGACCAGGAUGAAGCUGCUCCUGGGGGAGAUUCAGGGCAAGCAGACCUCCUCCUCCCAGGCCGUGACCCGGCUGAGGGAGGUGGAGGAGGAGCUAGUUAGUAUCUGUACAGAGUUUAAGAAGGUGAGCGGUGAGAAGAACAAGGCAGAGCAGAGUGUAGCCAGGUUACAGGGACGCGUCAAGGAGCUGCAGGCUACUCUUGAAAGGCAAGAUGGAGAGGUGGAGGCUUUCAGGAGAACCAGCCAGGAGGAGGUGAUCAAGAGGAGGCACAUGGAGACAGAGCUCCAGAAAACCAACCACACCAUGCAGGAGUACACCAGCACCAUCACCACCCUGCGUCGCAGUCAGGAGGAGGCCAAAAUCGUGGGGAGGAGGGGAGAACAGGAGCACAGGAAACUCCAGGAGGAGCUAGAGAGGAGGUUGAAGGAGUUCAAAGCCUCCACGGAGUGUCUGGCGUCUCUGAGCUCCGAGCUGAAGUCACUCCAACAGCAUCUCCUCCAGGAGCAGGCCAAGGUCCGCGAGGCUAAUAUCCGUAACGAAACACUCUACAAGACCAUCGAGGAGAAGAGCCGAGUGCUCAACGAGAGCUCGGUAGAACACGAGCGUCUCCAGACCCUGACCCAGACCCUGACCAAAGAGCGACUGCGGCUCGAGGAGGAGUUGAGGGGGGUGAAACAUGAGAGGGAGGAGCUGCUGAGCACCAGACAGGGGGCUGAUGACGAGCUGGUGGCCCAGAUCACUGGCCUGGAGCUGCAGCUGAAGAGCAGCUCGAGAAGCAGCCUGGAUACCCAGAGCCUGGUGGCAGAGCUCUCUUCGGAGAGGGAGAAACUCAUGAUGGAGAUAGGGCAACUCCAGAGUCAGGUCUUUGAGACAUCCUGUCUGAUUCAGUCCACCCAGACCCAGUACAACGAGAUAGUGAUGGAGAGAGAUGCUCUGCUGUUGAAGCUAAAGCAGACAAACCAGGACAGAGCUCACUCUCAGAAGCUAGAGGAAGAGCUGAACCACAUGAAAGUCUCUCUUGAGUCCGAGUUACGCAUCAAGCUGUGCCUGCAGGAGGAGAACGAGAAGGUCAAGAAGGACUUCCUGUACUGGAAGGGGCAGUACGAGUCCAAGGAGGGCGAGGUGAGGCAGUUUAACUCAGAGAAGGAGAAGCUGGAGCGGGAGAGGAGCUCUCUGAAGACUGAGAUAGAGCGGUUGAUGAGAGAGCUGAGGGAGGUGGAGGAGCGUUAUAAGGGCAGGCUGCUGAUCACCCAGACCGAGUUCUCUGAAAUGACCUCCGUCAGAGAGUCCCUGGAGGCAGAGUUGAGGAAACUCGGGAAGCGGCCCUACGCCUUCGCCAAACACACCCAGACGGACGAGAGCGGAAAGAAAGACCUGGACCCCGCCACGCUGGUCUUCGAUGGUGUGCGCAAAAUGGUGACGGCCAAGCAGCUGCUGGACUGUGGGGUCAUCAACAAAGUGACUUACGGACAGCUCCUGAACGGUCAGAAGACCGUCCGCGAGGUGUCUGUGGACAUCAAACUCAAUCUUAAGGGGACUGGUAGUAUCUCUGGUGUGGCUGUGGGACCUCAAGGUAAAAUGUCCCUCACAAAGGCCAAGACAGACAACAUCCUCUCUGAAGACAGCGCCAUCUUGCUGCUAGAGGCCCAAGCUGCCACAGGCCACAUAGUGGAUCCCAGAACCAACGAGAAGAUGACGGUGCAGGAGGCGUGCAAGAGAGGAGUGGUAUACGAGGAGGACAGAGAGAGGCUGCUGAUUGCUGAGGCUGCAUGUCUGGGGUACCGUGACCCCAACACCACCAAGCUCCUGUCAGCAGGCCAGGCUAUGAGGAAGGGCCUGAUCGAUAGAGACACAGCUCUACGGAUGCUCCAGGCACAAGAAUCAGUAGGGGGAAUCAUAGACCCUGUUCUCAGUGUCUUCCUCCCUAAAGAUGCAGCCAUGGACCGGGACCUGAUCGACGAGGAUCUGUACCGGGCCUUGAACCAACAACCUGAGUGUUACUUGGACCCAGACACCCAGAUGGGAGCCAGCUACGUAUCCCUGAAGAGGAGAUGCAAGGCCGAACCCACCACAGGUCUCCUGAUCCUCCCCGCUCCAGAGAAGCCCAUGACAGUGAAGGGUCUCAGGGGAGAGGUGUCUGUCACAGACCUGAUGAAUGCUAACCUCUUGGAGAAAUCUGACAUGGACCAACUGAAGGAAGGCAAACUGACCAGCCAGGACAUCGAGGACCGGUUGAGGUCGUACCUCUGUGGCUCCACCUGUAUUGCGGGGGUCUACAACGAGGCAAACGACAAGACCUUGUCCAUCUACCAGGCCAUGAAGGAAGGGUUACUGAAGCCCGGCACCACCCUGGAGCUCCUCGAAGCCCAGGCCGCCUCCGGAUUCAUGAUUGACCCCGUCAACAACCUCUGUCUGAACGUGGCCGAUGCCUACAAGAGGGGACUGGCUGGGCCGGAGUUCAAAGACAAACUGUUGUUUGCAGAGAGGGCCGUCACCGGGUAUAAAGACCCAGGCACGGACAAGAUCAUCUCCCUGUUCCAGGCCAUAGAGAAGGGGCUGAUCGAGAAGGGACAUGGGAUCCGUCUACUGGAGGCUCAGAUCGCCAGCGGGGGCAUCAUAGACCCCAGACACAGCCACCGCAUCGAGGUGGUGACUGCCUAUAAGAAGGGCUACUUCAGCAAGGAAAUGAACCAGAUCCUGACAGACGAAGGGGACGACUCCAAGGGCUUCUUCGAUCCAAACAACCAGGACAACCUAACUUAUCUCCAGCUAAAGAAACGCUGCAUCAUAGACCAGAAGACUGGCCUGGUUCUCCUCUCCAUCAAGAAGAAGAAGGAACAGCCUCAGCCCACCACCCAGAAAAACACUCUAAGGAAGAGGAGGGUGGUGAUUGUAGACCCAGACACCAAUAAGGAUAUGUCGGUGAAGGAAGCGUACGACAAGGAGCUGAUCGACUACGAGAUGUUCCUGGAGCUGUCGCAGCAAGAGUGUGAGUGGGAGGAAAUCACUAUCACCACCCAGGAUGGAUCCAAGAGAUUGGUCAUCUUCGACAGAAAGACGGAGAUCCAGUAUGACGUCAGAGAGCUGCUGGAGAAGAAUGUGAUCAACCAAUCAUUGUACGACCAGUACAGAUCGCAGAUGAUUACUCUCACACAGUUUGCUGACAUCGUCACCAGCAAGACCAAAGCAAACAGAUCCUCUGCCUCGUCGUCCUCCUCCUCAUCAACAUCAUCAUCCAAACCAAGAGCAGCAGCAACAUCAGCAGCAGCAUACUCAUCCCUGCUGUCUUCAUCAACCACCUACUCACCACGGAUCACUUCAACAUCAUCUACAUCCAUCAAGGCUGAGAAGACGAGCUCCAUCAUUGGCAGCUCUACCAUUGGACCCUCUUCCAUUGGAACCUCCAUUGGCGACUGCUCCACCAUCACCAGAUCCACCACCAGCAGCUCCUUUACCCAGCCCGAUGGCCCUUCCUCUCCCAGCUCUCUGAAGCAUAUCGCCAGUAUCUCUGUCUCCCUGGCUUGCCCUGCUGAAGCUGUGGUCUUGGAUGGGGAGCAGAGCCCUGUGGGCGCCAUCUUUGACAUGGAGGCCCUGGAGAAGAUCUCCAUCUCCGAGGCUCACAAACGUGGGCUAGUGGACAGCAUUUCUGCCCAGAGACUACUGGAGGCCCAGGCUUGCACCGGAGGCAUUGUAAACCCUUCCGAUGGACGCCGCCUGUCCAUCCAGGAGGCCUCCAGCCAGGGGAUCAUCGAGAACGACAUGGCUACCAGGCUGAAGCCCGCCCAGAAGGCCUACAUCGGGUUUGAAGACAUCAAGUGUAAACACAAGAUGUCCGCUGCUGAGGCCAUGAGGGAGAAUUGGCUUCCCUAUGAGGCGGGUCACCGCUUCCUGGAGUUCCAGUUUGUUACCGGAGGCCUGUAUGACCCAGAGCUGGGCCGCAGGAGGACCAUCAAAGAGGCUCUCAAAGAGGGCUGGCUGGAUGGAAGAGGGGCCCAGAAGCUCCAGGACAUGAGGCACCAUGCCAAGAACCUGACCUGCCCCAAGACCAAGCUGAAGAUCUCUUAUAAAGAAGCUAUGGAUAACUGCUUGGUGGAGGAGAAUACAGGAGUCAAGAUGCUCCAGGCUGCCUCUGUCUCCUCCAGAGGGAUCAGUAGUCCGUACAACUUCUCCGCUCCCGGGUCCACAUCGGGCUCCAGGACCGGGUCGAGGGCGGGCUCUCGGAGAGGCAGCGUGGACCUGGGGUCAUCUGGCUCCUCCAGACGAUACAGCAUCGUCAGCAGCACCACCUACAGCCGCACCUCCUUCAGUUCCAGCUCCAUGUCAUAGGGUGAUGGAGAAGAGGGAAAAAUAGGGAAAACUAUUAAUUAGUUACAUUCACUUAGUCUUUGUCUUAACCUCUGCAUACUUUUAGUUUUUUUAUAUAUUACCUUUUGCUUUACUUAUGGAAGGAAACCCUGCUUAUUGGUCAGUUAGAAAUGUGUCUGUCCUAAAUAAAGAGGUCCCAUCAAAUGUUGUAUCUUCUGUUUAAAGUGGCUGCAGACUGAUAACAAUGAAACAAACAUUCCUGGGUGUUUGAAUGGAAGAAAAAUACUUCAUGUAAAUUGUAUUUGUUCUCUCUGACAGCAUGAUACGACCACUUUGCUGCCAGACUAUAUUUUUUCAAAACUGUUGUACUACAGUUUGUAAUGUAACAAAUUUACAAAUGUAUAAAAAGUUGGAUGGGAGAGGGUUAGUGUCUUAUGUGUGUUUUGGGGAACAUUAAUAGGUGUGAGGUCCAGUACUGUUUCUUGCAUGGGAUGUGAGGAGGUGUCAUAAUAACAUUGCUUAGUGUUUAUACUGUUAGUGUAAUAUGGGGCCGGCUUCUUUUAACACAAUGUAACUAUUUUUCUAUUUCUCAAAAUAAAAUGUUACAUCCUUGCU